AUGGGUACGAGUUUCAUCACCCGCCUGCUUCUCGUCGCCACCAUAUUCGUUUAUGCCAUCUCUGCGCAGAUUGGACUUGAUGCUGCUGGAGAAAAUCUUUGUGCUCUUGGUUUGAAUCUCGACCUUGAAUCCACUGGCCCUGGUGGAUUUGAUGCAUUAAUUUCGAGUUUCUCCACUAGAAUGCUUGAGCAUUCAAGCCACAAUCACUAUAAAGUCUUUUCACAUGGUCAAGCCAAUGUGGCUAUAUAUUCAUGGAUAGAUAGUUGUGGACGAAUAACUAUGGACACAGAAUUGAAAUGUGAACACAGAUUUGACAUUUGA